CCACUGGAAGUUCAGUCGGUGUGACUUCCGUUAACUUGACGCCGGUCUGAUGCGAUAACGGGAACCGAUUCCUCUGGAAAUACCGGCCAGAUUUGGCCUUUUCCUACCGGUACACCAGCUAAAAUGAGAGAUAAGAGGAUUUAACGGACAUUAACGGACCCACUGGGCUUGAAAAAGUGUGGAACCCAGAAAUUCUCUCUCUCUCUCCCUGCCAGUCUCCGCCAUGCUCUCUCGACCGCUAACACUGAAUGAGCGUGACGACGGGGGGCAGGGCCUGGGAGCUAUAACUCCUCCUCCUGCUCUCCCAUUGGUCGAUGAGGGUGACGAUGACGACGAGACACAAACAGCUUUGGCUGCUGUCAUCUCCUCCUCCGCCUCCUCCUGUAGCCCUGCUCCCAUCCCCCCUGUUGCCUCCUCCUCUUCUAGAUCUUCAUCAUUAGCAUCAUCAGACGGCGAAGACUCAUCCACACCUCCUCCUCCCUCCUGUUUCAGCCAAUCAGAUCAGGGGAGGGAGGGGGUGAGGGCUGAUGACAAGAAAGAGGAGGUGAGGGGGAGGAAGAGGAGGAGGAAGAACAGGGGAGAAGAGCUUCUUAUUUUUCCAGAAAACAGAGAAGAAGAUGAUGAAGAAGAAGAGGAUCCUGGGAGGUUUGUCGGGCAGAUGUCUGUCUCCUUCGGAGGAGGAGGAGGAGCACCAGAGAGGGAGGAACCGCUUAUUCUGUACAAAUUCAACCAGAGGAAACACCGAAGGAGAGAGGAGGGAGGAACCGGCCAAUCAGAGAAGGCCGUCAGUGUCGUUGUCAAGCAAAACGGUUACAGAGGUCCCCUGCUGCUACACAGCACCUCCAGCUCCUUUUCCCAGGAUGCCUUGCACCUCCUCCCGUCGGCUCAGAGUGUGCCGACCUGCAGCCAAAUGGAAGCCCUUGGUGCCUCCUCCGGCCACUGGCGUUUCUCUGACUUCACCGCUCCCUUCUCCCUCUCCUCCAGUCACGGUACUUUCCGCCUGUGGCUCCGUUCCUCCUCCUCUUCAUUUAGCCCCGCCCCCAUGCUGCGGCUUUCGACGGUUGCUGUGGAGACGGUGUUGGAGUCAGUGAGGGGCUGGGCAUGCGGGAGUCCGCUGCGGCCCCUGAGAGACUGGACGGCGCCCCCCAGUCUGAGCAUCGACCACUGUUAUGUGCGAACACCUACACCAAGCCCGACUCUUUCCACACGGCGACAACAGAAGCAGCGGGCCAAUCACUGCACUCGGAGCCUCCACCUACCCCUGCCCCUCACCCAGUGCUCAGCCAAUGGACUCUCUGCUCCAUUCCCUGCCAGCCAAUCAGCAGCCAGCUCUGACUUUCUCUGCACAAAUGGAGAGGUGCGCGGCAAACGAGUCUCACAGAUUCGAAUCCGCCGGGCGUCGCCUCGGGAAACACCCCUCACACCGAUGGGACUGCCAAAGGUCAAAAGGUUAAAGAAGAAAGAGUUCAGUCUGGAGGAGAUUUACACCAACAAGAACUACAAAUCCCCCACCACCAACAGGAGUCUGGAGACGAUCUUUGAGGAGCCACGAGAGAAGGACGGAGCGCUGCUCCUGAUUGGCCAGCAGAGGAGGCGCAGGCUCCUUCUCUUCCCAGAUUUCACUCAGCCCAGGAAGAGGAAGAGGCCGCAAGGGGUGGGGUUUACUGUUGCCAUGGUGCCAAGGAAGCGGGCAGUGGCCCGGCGACAUUGCCACAGUGACGGCUCCGGUGAUGACGACGCAGACCUGGAUGUGAUGCUGGUGGAGCGACUGAGCGCGCUCGAAGAUUUCCUGACACGGCAGGGCCUGGACGUGUGAGCAGUGACAUCACUUCCUGUCCGCUGACUAAAGGCCAAAUAAACAUGAGCUGCUAGCACGCAUCACUAAGGCGGUCAAAUGGGGGAGGGGGGAUGUGUUUGUGUGUGUAUACUUGGUGUUUUGUUUUGUUUUUUUAUUUUUAGUUUAGUUUUGUUUGUUUUUUUU